AUGGCGGCCACACGCUCGAAACCUAGCUCCGUUAAUAAUCAAAGUUCUAAAGAUACUGAUAUGGAUAUGAUUUCUUUGUCGGUUGUAAAAGAGCUUCUUAAAGUACAAGAAUCUAGUAUUAAAAGUUUUUUGUCAGUUUACAUGGAUAAUACGAACCAGCGAUUAGAUCAAAUUAUUCGAACUGUUCAAGAUCUUAAAAAUUCGCUAGAAUUUACUCAAGCUCAGUUUGAAGAAUUUAAAAAGUCAAGUUUAUCAGUUGGCGAGGAAUCCUUUAAAAAGAUGACAGAUUUCGCAGCUAAAUUUCAAGAUUUCUCAACCAUAAUUGAUGAA